CCUCUCUGCCUCUGUGACUGCAGCCAUCUAAUAAUAGAUAGAUUAUAGAGAAUACUCUCAUCUAUUGAAUUCCAUACUGCUUUUGAAUAAAAUCUGUGGAUUAUUUUGAGAAAAAUGUGUGAGACAAAUGGGAUAAUGACUCCAGAGUUGCAUUUUAAGCAACCAUGUGGCUCUACUCCGUACAGCGUACGCAGUAUAGCUUCUGACUACUAACUAAUUGCUGUGGGGUUAACUUAUUUUGAGACUAGUGUAAUUCGCUAUAGUUAAGCUAUAUACUACUAUUAUGCUGUAGCACAACAUUGUUCAGCUAAUAAUUACUUUCCUCUUGUUUCUUUCCUCUUUUCCUUUUGUCUCCUGUCUUCUUUUGCUUCCCCUAACACCCUACGAGGCGGCGCAGACCCUUACCUAGCUUUUUUUGCUUUUUCUUAUGCUUUCUUUCCUUUUUGCGCGCUUUUGCAUCCAAUGACAAAGCUGGGCAGUUCCUGUAGUUUUUUAACUUUUUGCCCCUUCCCUUGCUUGAUUUCUCCCUUUCCCUUAUUAUCCCUGUAUCCCUGUAUCCCUGUAUGUAUCACUUCACCCUUCACACUUCACCCUUCACACUUCACCCUUCACUCCACAGCCCACAGCCCACAGCCCACAGCUCACAGCUCACAGCGCUUCCUCUAUCUCUCUUCCCUCCCGCAUUACUCUUUUUGGUUCUUGGUGCAUUCGAUACCUCGGCCUACUGAUACUGAAGAAGUAUAUAUAACCCACGACCCCAUCCUGUUCUCGGGAUAAUCUUUCUUGUAUUAUUAUUUCUGGUGGGCCUCACAUCCCCUGUUCUUGAAUAGGCUGGGUUGUACCGGUUGCAAGCACAUAUAUCGCAUGAUAUAUAUAUCUCUAUAUAUACAUACAUACCAUACCCUUGAGCUUCUCCACAUUCUGUGUUUUGACUUUAAAUUGCACAAAUUUCACCAGGUGCCUUAUACACCUUGAUUCCCUAUAUACUUCCUGUUGUUUGUUUGUUUUGUUUUUUUUUUUUUCUGUGAGUGAUACAGAAAACGGGUUCUACUACUACUACCCACAUCCGACAAACCAACUUGGGGGCCCCGCAUACGCAUACUUUCGUGCUCCGUCAAUUGGAUAAACCCUGAGCAGCAAUCUUGAUUGGUAUCUGAUUUAAGGCUGUGGUCUAUCCAUCCCAAAGCAACAAUCCAACAACAGCCCCCACCCUCGGGAUUCCCAGAAGCAGCAAUAUUUCACUCCAGCAGGUAGCCUGACGCCAAUUCACGCAUAUGUUCUGACAUAUCCAGCCCUGUGCGACACAAAAACGAGUCGUCUAUAUCUAUCUAUCUACCUACCAAUCACUAGAGCAAACCCCCCCAAACGCGCGUUCAUGUUUCUCUGAUAGACUCAACAAUCAUACACCUACUACAUCUACAACUCCUCCACCGGCCUUUCCAAAGCAACAGCGCCCAACGCAGCUUACAUCUAACACCAACCCAUCCCCCCCCCAAAAAACCAAAAAAAAAAAAAAAAAAAGACAAGCAAAACCGAAACCAUGCCGUUCUUCGUGAAUCCUUUGAAGAAUAACGACCUCUCGUCCUUCCCUGGCGUUGUGGUGCCUCUGGCGCAAGCCCAACACAAAAACCCCGCCUCCCCCACCAACUCUGGAGACGGAAAAUCGGACAAUGUAGCAGAAAAGGGCUCUUCGUCUUCCCUGAGCGACCAGCAGUACUCUGGCUUGACUUUGGAUGCCAUCAGAGCUGAGGUAGAGAGCGAUGUGGCAACAUCGGGCAGUGAUACCGCAUAUGAUCGUAAAUCAAAAGUGAUUAACUUGGCUGUCCAGGAUAUUGGAAUGGGAAAAUAUCAAUGGCAGUUGUUUGUUCUCUGUGGUUUUGGCUGGUUGGCAGACAACCUCUGGUUACAGGGCGUUGCUUUGACAUUACCAAGUCUUUCCGUGGAAUUCGGGAUUGACGAGUCCUAUGUCCGCUUCACAACCUGCUCGCUGUUCGUUGGCUUGUGUGUUGGAGCUGUGGUCUGGGGUACCGCGUCGGACAUGAUCGGUCGUCGUCUCGCGUUUAACCUGACCUUGCUCAUCACUGGUGUUUUCGGCCUUGCGUCGGGUGGUAGCCCGACAUGGGUUGGUGUCUGUUCGAUGUUCGCAUGUCUAGGGCUGGGAGUUGGUGGCAAUCUGCCCGUUGAUGGCGCAUUGUUCCUGGAAUUCCUGCCCUUUGCUUCGGGCAAUCUCCUAACAAUGUUGAGUAUUUGGUGGCCCCUUGGUACCCUUGUCGGAAGUAUGAUUGCCUGGGGCCUCAUCCCAAAUUUCUCGUGCGACCCAGCAGAUCUACUUUGCACAAAGGAAAACAACAUGGGCUGGCGUUAUCUCGUCAUCACCCUGGGCGCCCUGACCUUCGUCAUGUUCCUCUGCCGCUUCUUCCUCUUCCAUCUCUACGAGUCGCCCAAGUUCCUUCUUUCCCGUGGCCGCCAGGAAGAAGCUGUGGCCACCGUCCAUGCCAUCGCGUAUAAGAAUGGAGCCAAGACUUGGCUGACCAAUGAAAUCCUGAACGAGAUUGGCGGCCACCCUGAGCAAAUUUCUCCUGAUCAGCAGAAAUUGUCGAAUUCGGAGAUUGUUAGGAGGCAGCUGUCUAAGUUUUCUGCGCAGCGGAUUGCGCCGCUUUUUGCGACUAAGAGGAUGGGGUUUACGACUGUUCUCCUUUGGUUCUGCUGGGGCACCAUUGGCAUGGGAUAUCCCCUUUUCAACGCCUUCUUACCCCAAUACCUCGGGAAUAGCGGAGAAACACCCGUUUCAAUUGUCUACCGCAACUAUGCCAUAACCGCCAUCGUUGGCGUCCCCGGCUCCAUCCUCGCCUGCUACACCGUCGACAUCCCCUACGUCGGGCGCAAGGGCACCAUGGCCAUCUCCACCGCCCUUACCGCCGUCACCCUCUUCUGCUUCACCAUCUCCGACGACCCAGACGUCCAGCUCGCCUGCUCGUGUCUGGAAGCCUUCUUCCAGAACAUCAUGUACGGCGUGCUCUACGCGUAUACGCCGGAAGUGUUCCCCGCGCCCAACCGCGGCACGGGCACGGGCAUCGCCAGCUGCAUCAACCGCAUCUGCGGCCUGCUGGCGCCCAUUGUGGCUAUUUAUGGCAGCUCGGGCAACCCCAAGGCGCCGGUUUAUGCGUCUGGGGGCUUGAUGCUUGCGGCGUUUGUGGCGAUGGUUUUGUUGCCGAUUGAGACGAGGGGGAGGGCGAGUUUGUAAAGGGUGGUCGCUGGUGUGAGUGUUGUUAAAAAGUUGAAAUGAAAAAUGAAAAAUGAAAAAUUGGUGCGUUUUUGUAUGUGAUCAGAUGCAGCGAUGGUGUUGGUUGUGUCCACUGAAACUGUGCUGGUAGUGGAUGGGGGAGGGAUGAAAAUUUAGAUCUUAUCUAUCUUUUCUCCUCAUUUCCCCCUUUUGUUCAUGUUUUAUGGUUUAUGUUUUCAUUGUUAUAACUACAUGAUAUAUCAAACUUUCCUCGCUUUAUACAUCCAUACAUAUAUAUAUAUACUCAAGCUACGGUUAACGGAUAUGAUGAUUUGGGGGUGGGGGGGGGGG